UGCUGUAGGCGCGCGUGUGUGUGUAGUAAAGGGAUAAAUCUGACAUCUGGCAUGCAACCUGAAGAUUACUCCAGCACAUCUGCUGCUUAAUCCCAAACACCAACAGGAGACAAACCACACAAAUUGUGAUCACAGGAUGUCACUCUGACAUGAUGUCGGUGGCGGAGGUAGUCGAGGUGACCUGCGUUAUCAUCGGAGGAGGAGGAUAGGAAGAGCCUGGGGAGAGUUCCAGAUGCUGACUGCGGUGUUGUCACCAUGGACGCGAUGGACCUGUUGGUUCUUGUGGUUCCGGUUCUGCUGUUCCACACGUGGCUUGUUGAGGCUCAGGUUUUGCGCAUUGGCGGCAUCCUGGAGACACGCGAGCGUGAGCUGGUGAGUUUGGACGAGUUGGCAUUCAAGUUCGCUGUGAACAACAUCAACAGGAAUAAGACACUGAUGCCCAACGUCACGCUCACCUACGACAUCCAACGCAUCAACCCCAAAGAUGGCUUCGAGGCCUCCCGCAGAGUGUGCGACCAGCUCUCCCUUGGCGUGGUGGCCGUAUUCGGUCCAUCUCACAGUUCAUCCGUGAGCGCGGUUCAGUCCAUCUGCAACGCUCUGGAAGUUCCGCACAUCCAAACACGGUGGAAGCACCCGUCGGUGGACAACCGGGACACCUUCUUCAUCAACCUGUACCCAGAGUACAGAGCAGUCGCCAGGGCCGUGCUGGACGUUGUCACCUUCUUCAAAUGGAAGAAGCUCACCGUUGUCUACCAGGACAGCACCGGUCUGAUGCGCAUGCAGGAGUUGAUCAAAGCUCCCGCCAAGCUGAACCUGAAGAUGAAAAUCCGCCAGCUGACGCCCAGCAGCCAGGACGCCAGGCCUCUGCUCAAAGAGCUCAAGAAGGACAAAGAGUUCUUCAUCCUCUUUGAUUGCUCCUACAGCAUGGCCUCGGAACUCCUCAAACAGCUUUCGUCCAUGGGAAUGAUGACAGAGUACUACCAUUUCUUCUUCACUACUUUGGACCUGUUUGCGUUGGACUUGGAGCCGUACCGUUACAGCGGGGUCAACAUGACGGGCUUCAGGCUGCUCAACAUCGACGACCCCUGGGUGGCCUCCACCUUGGACAAGUGGGCCAUGGAGAGGCUGCAGGGGCCCAAGCAAGACGGUGGACUCAUGGACGGCGUCAUGACUACUGACGCGGCGUUGAUGUACGACGCCGUGUUCCUGGUGUCUGUGGCGUCCCAGCGAGCCACUCAGAUGACCGUCAGCUCUCUGCAGUGUCACAGACAUAAGCCUUGGCGCUUUGGACCUCGGUACAUGAACCUCUUCAAGGAGGCGCAGUGGGACGGCCUGACAGGCCGCAUCGUCCUCGACAAGAGCGACGGCCUGAGGCGGGAAUUUGACUUGGAUAUCAUCAGCUUGAAAGAAGACGGCACCACAAGGGGUGUCGUGGAGGGCGUGAGUCGCCUCACCAAAAGAUGGAUCAAGAUCGCCACGUGGAGCUCGGUAAAAGGAAUAAACCUGGUCGAGAAGUCAACGGCCAAUAACAACGUGACCGACUCGCUGGCCAACAGGACGCUGAUUGUCACCACCAUCCUGGAGAACCCGUACGUGAUGCACAAGAAAUCCGACAAGGACCUGGUCGGGAACGACCGCUUCGAGGGUUACUGCCUGGACCUCCUCAAGGAGCUCUCCAACAUCCUGGGCUUCACCUACGAGGUCCGCCUGGUGGCCGACGGCAAGUACGGAGCCCAGAACGACAAGGGCGAGUGGAACGGCAUGGUGCGGGAGCUCAUCGACCACGUGGCCGACCUGGCGGUGGCACCGCUGACCAUCACGUACGUGCGCGAGAAGGUGAUUGACUUCUCCAAACCUUUCAUGACGCUGGGCAUCAGCAUCCUGUACCGCAAACCCAACGGCACCAACCCGGGCGUCUUCUCCUUCCUCAACCCGCUGUCGCCCGACAUCUGGAUGUACGUCCUGCUGGCCUGCACCGGCGUCAGCUGCGUGCUCUUUGUCAUCGCCAGGUUCACCCCUUACGAGUGGUACAACCCGCAUCCCUGCAACCCGUCAUCCACGCUGAUCCAGAACAAUUUCACCUUGCUCAACAGCUUCUGGUUCGGUGUCGGUGCACUCAUGCGACAAGGUUCCGAACUGAUGCCUAAGGCUUUGUCCACACGGAUCGUCGGGGGCAUCUGGUGGUUCUUCACUCUAAUCAUCAUCUCGUCCUACACGGCCAACCUGGCCGCCUUCCUCACUGUGGAGCGCAUGGACGCGCCCAUUGACUCGGCCGACGACCUGGCCAAGCAGACCAGGAUCGAGUACGGGGCGGUGAGGGAUGGCUCCACUAUGACCUUCUUCAAGAAAUCCAAGAUCUCCACCUAUGAGAAGAUGUGGGCCUUCAUGAGCAGCAGGAAGAACACGGCGCUGGUCAAGAACAACCGGGAGGGCAUCACGCGGGUCCUCACCACCGACUACGCCAUGUUGAUGGAGUCCACCAGCAUCGAGUACAUCAGCCAGAGGAACUGCAACCUGACCCAAAUCGGAGGACUCAUCGACUCCAAGGGAUACGGCGUGGGAACGCCCAUAGGCUCUCCGUACCGAGACAAGGUGACCAUCGCCAUCCUUCAGCUGCAGGAGGAGGGCAAGCUGCACAUGAUGAAGGAGAAGUGGUGGCGAGGGAACGGCUGCCCCGAGGAGGACAACAAGGAGGCCAACGCUUUGGGUGUGGAGAACAUCGGCGGCAUCUUCAUCGUGCUCGCCGCCGGCCUGGUCCUGUCCGUCUUCGUGGCCAUCGGCGAGUUCAUCUACAAAGCCCGCCGUAACGCCGACAUCGAGGAGGCCUUCUGUUUCUUUUACGGCGUGCAGUCCCGGCAAUUUCAGCGGCGCGGCUCCACCUCAUCUUCGGGCACGUCCUUGUCCACCGACCUGGAGAGCGGCAGGCUGCUCGGCGACGACACAGAGUGAACGUGGAAAUACGAGCGGGUCUCAAUGGACAAAAUGGCCACCUGCUCGCAACCUGACACGGAGCGCUCGAACUCUUAAAAUACAUAUUUUUUGUCCAUUUUUGUAUCCAUACCCAUUUUUGCGAUUCCAUUGAUUAUAUUUAAUUUUCUUGUAAAUGUAGCCUAGCUGUAUUUGGAAAACCUGAUCUAUGACAUCAUUGACCAAGAAAGUUAAAAAAAAAAAAAUUGUGCAAGUAUAUCCUGUAUGCCCCUGACACAGGUUAGUAUUUAUCUUUGGGAACCAUUCUUAAUCUCUUCAUGUAAUGACUUUUUUUUUCUUUUUUUUAUGUAUGGCGUGCAGAUUAAUUCCGGGAUUGAGCGUAAUAGCCGGCCAGUAAUCUCCCCAAGCAGCACCGCCACGGCGGACGGUGGUUCUCCGUUAAAACCCCGAGCGACUGUAUUUAUUUUUUACUUGCCUCGCCCCCUCCCGUCAGGGUCUAAUCCGUCAUGAAUGAGGGCAGGGAUUACACCGCUGACCUUGGCAUUCAGCACGUCUGAGCGCGGCGCGAUGACCUCACCUGAACGACACGCCGGCUAUCUUGGGCCCACCGACGCGGCGCGUUAAAAAGCUUUUUGCGGCACUUAACGCUCGGCGCCUUUCAGAUGAAGUGCUGCUGUUGUGAAAAAGGUUUUUAAAAUCAUUGCCCAAAUUAAGAUGUUCAUUACGUCCGCCGAGAAGUUUUUGUUUACGAGAAACUACCAAAUAGGACGAAGCUACAGUAUACUGUGUUAUGAAAAACACAAGGAGCACAAAUAGGUUCAAAAUUGCUGUUAGUGUUUCAUCAUUUGCAUUUCACAACUGAAAUAAAAAUCCAGUUUGCUCUGA